CGGACGAGGCACACCUGCAACUUGCAACUCAUCAGCGUUCCCCUCCUCAUCCCCAGUUCCCCACUUCCGGGAAAAUAACCGCUGCCGCCGCCACUCGUCGCGGCCACCAUGAUCCGCCUCCGCAGCUGCAUCCUCACCCAUCUCCUCCAUUCGCCCCCCGCCUCUCACAUCUCCUCUCUCCGCCGUCUCCUCUCAACCACAGUGCCGGAGCCCCCCGUUCCGGCAAACCCGGGCUUCGCCGUCGAGGACUACCUCGUCGCCACCUGCGGCCUCACCCGGCCCCAGGCCCUCAAGGCUUCCGUCAAAAUCUCCGGCCUCAAGUCACCCUCCAAGCCCGACGCCGUCCUCGCCUUCCUCGCCGGCCUCGGCCUCUCGAGCGCCGACGUCGCCGCCCUCGUCGCCACUGACCCGCGGUUACUCUGCGCCAGCAUGGACACACUGACUUCCAAUGUCGCGGGGCUCGCCGGCAUGAGCAUGUCGCCUUCUCAGAUCGCUCGGCUCGUCAUGCUCGGCCGCGCCAUCUUCCGCUGCAAACCCGUCGUCUCCAGGCUGCACUACUACCUGCCGCUCUUCGGAUCCCCCGAGAACCUCCUUCACGUUCUCAAGCAGAACUCCUACCUCCUAUCAUCCAACAUCGACAAGGUGGUACAGCCCAACGUCGCGUUCCUGAGGGAGUGCGGGCUAGAUGCUUGUGAUAUUGCCAAGCUGUGCAUCUCUCUUCCCAGGCUGCUCAGCACCAAACCAGAGCGCGUCCGGGCGAUGGCGGCGUGCACCGAGAGUGUAGGCGUGCGCCGCGGCUCCGGGAUGUUCAGAAAAGCAAUGCAGGCUGUCGCCUUCCGCAGCGAGGAGAAAGUCGCCGCCAAAGUGGCGUACCUGAAGAACACGUUCAGGUGGUCGGAUGCUGAGGUGGCCAUUGCUGUCUUUAGGUCUCCAAUGGUGCUGACGAGGUCCGACGACAGGCUCCUGCGUACGUCUGAGUUCCUUAUCUCUGAGGUGGGGCUGGAACCGGCGUACAUUGCUCCUCGGUCAGUAAUGGUCUGCCUUAGCCUGGAGGGUCGACUGAAGCCCCGGUACUACGUUAUGAAGUUCCUAAAGGAACAUGGAUUGCUAAAUAGUGGAAGGAGUUAUUUAUCAGUUGUCUUGGCGACCGAGAAGGUAUUCGUGGAGAAGUUCAUAUACCCUCACAAGGAAGCUGCACCACACCUCGCUGAAGACUAUGAUGCUGCUUGCAGAGGGGAAGUGCCGACUAAUUUCAGAUUCACAUGAGCCAAGAACGGGCUAUGCAAAUUGGUAACUGCGUGCUGGUUGUCCACUGAUGGAUGUCUUCUAGAUGCUGGUUUGGUCAUUGGUAGCUUGUGAUGAAACUGGUAGUUUGAUUCCUGAAUCCUGAUAUGUUUAUGCCACCAUUCAGUAGAAAAGAAACCAUGGCCUAAUAUGAACUUUUUCAUUCCUGAA